AUGGAAAUAAAUGGAACGCUGCUCGAGAACGUCAUGUCUGGCGAUUUUCCUGAACCUUCUACCUCUAAUUUUGCCAGUGAUUCUCCACCUGCACGCGAUAAUCUGAUCGGAGAUCUGCCAGAGAUUGAUCCAAAUAAUAUUACCGGUGUCGUUGUUAAUGUCAACACAACAUCACGAGAUCACAUGGCAUUUGAGAAUUUCUUCAGCGCGGUUGAAUCUAUUUUUGAUGAGAGUGCGUGGCUAAUAUAUGCAGUUGUUGGCGUUGUCUCCUUGAUAGUGAUCUGUAUCAUCUGCAUCAUUGUGGUUUGGAUAGUGAAACACAAAAAACGAGUAAUUCAACAAGACAACGACCCCGUGCUGGCAAAUGCGUACAGUGAGGAUGUGAAUUGGAAAAAGUGCUUGUGUUGUCGAACGGCACCGGACAAGCAGAGUCAAUUCCAAGCCCGUCAAAAUUCGGCAAGCAAUUUAGAUCCAUACCGAAGACCUCCACUUCCGCCGAUCGGAGGAAAGCCCGGUGAUCCUUACAUCAGUACAUUCAAUCGCACAGAGGCGCUCGACAUUCUGUCAAGACCUCCUACUGUGGAUGAGAAAACUCUUGCCAUAAACAUACAAAGUAUUAGAGGAGUGCCUCAUGUUCAUCUCCAACCGGACCAGUAUAGAAAUUUACCUCCUCUGAAGAUGCGAUAUGAGUAG